GGAGCAGCCCGUCGGCGGACAGGGGAAGCUAAGCAGUGGUCUCUCCAUGAACGCAUCACAGCGCUCCCAAGAGGCCUGGUGCAGACUGACAGCCCCAACUUCCUGUGCAGCAGUCUGCCGCAUCACUGGAGGUGCAACAAGACCCUGCCGAGACCUUUCAACGUGGUGUCUCUUAGCAACGAUAUUCCAGAUGGCGUAGUGGUCACUCUGAUGGCCGGCAAUGAUGACAACAGUAGCGCUGAGCUGCGUAACGCCACGACUACUAUGAAGCAGGGACACGCCCACUUCAAUGACCUCCGCUUCAUAGGCCGCAGUGGCAGAGGUAAGAGCUUCACCCUCAGCAUAAACGUACUGACCACGCCCCCCCAGGUGGCCACGCUGCACAGAGCCAUCAAGGUGACCGUGGAUGGUCCACGCCUGCCCAGACGGCAGCGUCAGAAAGAGGCGGAAGCUCUUCGGCUCUCCAGCUGCAGGUUUGCAUCUUCAGACUGUAGACCGCUGUCCUCCCUCUGGGCCAGCGAGGCGUCUUUGUUCGGUCAGAUGGCCGCCCUGACGUCUUCCUUCACAUCAAGUCCCAGAAGGCACCAUCUGUCCGGUCUCUCAUAUGCCACCCCGCCCGCGGCUUACACAUCCUACACCUCAGCUCCUCCCCCUCCACUCAGCCACAGCGGUUCGCUCCCACCUGGGAGUCUCUACUACGGGCCAAACCAACCCAUCCAGACUGCAGGGGAGGACGGAAGUGUGGUGGCAGCAGCAUUGAGCAAUUACACUGAAGGGGGGUGUUUUUCCCUAAGAGGGGAAGAAGCCGUCUGGAGGCCUUAUUGAUUAUUGAUAUGCUGAUUAGCUUCACUUGGGUCACGGGUAUGCUGGAGCCUAUCCCAGCUGAC